GAGCGGCAGCAGUAGGAGGAGGAGCAGAAGGGGAUAUCUGGCCGAGGGUUGGAGGCGGGGUCCCAGAUAGAGCUGCUCCCGCUUCUCCGCCUCGCGACUUCCCCUGCCGGCCCCUGGCUCCAGCCAAGGGAGUCGUUGCAGCCUCUGCUUGAAAUUAUUGGAACAGAACCAUGGAAAAAGAAUUUUCAUUGCUGCACCUGUUGACGUACAACUUGUGAUUGGAUCGUGAAGUUUUUUUAGGCUAUUUUCCCCUGCCUCAUGAGUGGCGGUGAAGGACAUUUUAUCCCUCUAAUAAUAAGAUGGGUAUAAACUUUCCUCUUCAGCUUUCCUAUAAAUUCAGACUGUUGCUGCUCUUUGCAUUAUGCAUGAUGGUGAUUGGAUGGGUUACCUCAAGUUACCUGGUUGCUGCCUUCCAAGAGAUUCCUAAAGUAAAGAUUUUCAACAGGACCAUAAUUUGGACGACGGAGUUAGCUUCAUCUAAUAAGGCUUCCAUGACAAAAUCAAAAUUGAAAAAAUGUCCUCUUUUGUCUCCACACUUGAGAGGAACCAGGAAACUCAUUUUCAAAUCAGAUCUCACAUGGGGAGAAGUACAGACAGAGAAUCCUAAAGUUCAGAAAGGCCGAUACCACCCAGAAGAUUGUAUGGCUUUACAACGGGUUGCCAUCCUAAUUCCACAUCGGAAUAGAGAGAAGCAUUUAUUAUACCUGCUGAAACAUCUCCAUCCAUUCUUGCAGAGGCAGCAAGUGGAUUAUGGCAUCUAUGUCAUUCAUCAGGCUGGAGAUGACAAAUUUAACAGAGCCAGACUCCUGAAUGUUGGCUACCUAGAAGCCCUUAAGGAAGAAAAUUGGGAUUGUUUUAUAUUCCAUGAUGUAGAUCUGAUACCAGAGAAUGACCUAAACCUCUAUAUGUGUGAUGUUCAUCCAAAACACCUGGUGGUUGGCAGAAACAGCACUGGCUACAGAUUGCGUUAUAAGGGAUAUUUUGGAGGUGUUUCUGCUCUAACAAGAGACCAGUUUUACAUGGUGAAUGGAUUCUCCAACAAUUAUUGGGGCUGGGGUGGAGAAGAUGAUGACCUCAGAAUCAGGGUGGAGAUACAUGGGAUGAAAAUAUCUCGGCCUCCUCCUUCUAUAGGCAAAUACACAAUGAUCUUCCACACCAGAGAUAAGGGCAAUGAGGAAAACUCAGAAAGGAUGAAGCUAUUAAAGCAGGUGUCACGAGUGUGGCAAACAGAUGGACUGAACUCUUGUUACUAUAACCUGCUGUCUGUGAAACACAAUCCUUUAUAUAUCAAUAUCACAGUGAAUUUUCAUGUGACUUCUUAAUCCUACAUUAUGGGGAAAGAUAGAAUGUCCAGUUGCAGUAGUUAUUGAAUGUCUGGAAAUUUUGAACUUGACAUUCCCCCCAACCCUUUUUGCCUCUUUCACCAAGGAG